AUGACCGAUUCGCCGGGGUUUCUUAGGCUGCCCGGGUCCCUGUGGGCGGCGAACGGCGGGCAGGAUAACGCGGGGGAGGGGGUGAUUGUGGGAGUGAUUGACACUGGCGUGUGGCCGGAACACCCGUCAUUCGCUAACACACCAUCCAACCCGUACAGCCCUGUUCCCCGCAGGUGGCGCGGGAUAUGCCAGGCGACGCGGGGCUUCCCCCAGUCGCUCUGCUCGCGCAAGUUCAUCGGCGCGCGGUUCUUUCCCCCCACCCCGACCCCCCUUCCCCCCCGAUUCCUUUCUCACCUCCCCCUACGGUUGUUCCCCCCCACCCAGCCAUCCAACAAGUACGGCCCUGUUCCCCGCAGGUGGCGGGGAAAAUGCCAGGCGACGCGGGACUUCCCCCAGUCGCUCUGCUCGCGCAAGCUCAUCGGCGCGCGGUUCUUCGCGGCGGGCGUGCGCAAGUCGUCGGCGGGAGUAAACAAGGAGAAGGACUUUAUGUCGCCGCGCGACGGGGAUGGCCACGGCACGUGGUGUGCCAGGGCUUCUCCCACUCUCCCUCCCUCCCUCUUUCUCAUCCCCCAUUCAAACAGCGCAGCAGCAGGCAACGCCAACGUGCCGCUCACACUCUCUUCCUCGCGCACCCUCGGUUCCAUCUCGGGAGUGGCACCCCGGGCACGCCUCGCCACCUACAAAGCCCUCUGCGCAGCAGCAGGCAACGCCAACGUCCCUCUGACCCUCUCCCCCACGCGAACACACCCCACGGAGGGACGCCGUCAUGGCGCAGCAGCAGGCAACGCCAACGUGCCUCUGACCCUCUCCCCCACGCGAACGCUAGGCACCAUCUCGGGAGUGGCACCCCGGGCCCGCCUCGCCACCUACAAAGCCCUCUGGGUCACCCCGGGGGGAGAGGCGGGCGCGUUUCAGUCGGACAUCCGCGCAGCCGUUGAUGCGGCCGUAUCCGACGGUGUGGAUGUGCUCUCGUGCUCGUAUGGCGGCGCCAUCUCACGGUAUUUCAACGACCUGCCGUACCUGCAAGCGCUCAAGGCUGGGGUGUUCAUCGCCUUUGCAGCGGGGAACAGUGGCGCUCCCUCCAAGGGGCAGAUGAUUGGCACUCUCAGCAACACGGCGCCUUUUUACCUCACCGUUGGAGCAAGCACCAUCGGGCGUGAGUAUCAAGCCAACAUCACCCUGGGCAAACGAGUGCACCUCACAGGGCAAACGAGUGCACCUCACAGGGCAAACGAGUGCACCUCACAGGGCAAACGAGUGCACCUCACAGGGCAAACGAGUGCACCUCACAGGGCAAACGAGUGCACCUCACAGGGCACCUCACAGGGCAGAGCUUCCACCAAUCGUCCACUCAACUCCCCUCCCCCGUUCCCCCGCCCUUUCCUUUCCCACACAUUCCCGUGCCUUCCCCCCACCAGCACCAUCGGGCGUGAGUAUCAGGCCAACCUAACCCUGGGCAACGGAGUGCAGCUCGCGGGGCUGGGCUUUGGCAGCGGGGGCAACGCAAGGGACCUGCCUCUCGUGCUCUCCUCUGCUGCUCUUCACCCGCUGGGGACUCUCAGCCUGGUGCGUGGUGGGAGGGUGACACAGGCCCGGGAGUGUUUCGCCUCAAUCCUCGACAAGGCCAAGCUAUCCGGGCGAAUGCUCGUGUGCAACCUCAAAACCAGAGACGUCACAGAGGCAAUGAAGGACUCCACCACCACAGCUCUCGGCGCCGCUGCCAUGCUGCUGCUCUCCACCCCUGCUAACCUCCCCUGCCAUGCCCGAGAGUGCUUCGCCUCAAGCCUCGACAAGUCCAAGCUCUCAGGCCGAAUGCUCGUGUGCAACCUCAAGACAAGGGACGUGCGGGAGGCAAUGAAAGAUACCACCACGGCUGCGCUCGGCGCCGCUGCCGUGCUGCUGCUCUCCGCCUCCGCUUCCUCCCCGGCGCCCUCCCGCGUACCCUAUACAGACGUCCCUGCUAUUCACUUGAACGCGGAGGAUUCCGAGACUCCCCACACGUCCCUCUCGGCGCUCUUCACCACGUUCUCAUCUCAGGCGAAGCCCCCUCAGCGGCCAUUUUCUCCUCCACAGGCCCGCCUCUCAACCCCUUCAUCUCAUUCCCUGUGUCCCCUUCCUCUCCCUGCCCCAUUUCCCACGAAGUCCCAUCAGUCGCCCACUUCUCCUCCCACGGGCCCGCGGCCCACCUCUCAACCCCGCCUUCCGGCUCACUGGUCCCUUGCCUCUCGCCUCUCAUUUUUGGGCGGUUUAAGGCGGGGUAGAGAGGCGGGCACGUGGCGGGGUAGAGAGGCGGGCACGUGGCGGGGUAGAGAGGCGGGCACGUGGCGGGGUAGAGAGGCGGGCACGUGGCGGGGUAGAGAGGCGGGCACGUGGCGGGGUAGAGAGGCGGGCACGUGGCGGGGUAGAGAGGCGGGCACGUGGCGGGGUAGAGAGGCGGGCACCCCCACAGCCUCCCUCUCCCCGCCAUUCACCACGUUCUCAGACGAAGCCCCAUCAGUCGCCUACUUCUCCUCCACGGGCCCACCCCUCAACCCCGCCUUCCCAGUCACCCCGCGCAUGCUCGCCUCAAACGACAUCUUAAAGCCCGACAUCAUUGGCCCGGGAUUCCAGCUCUGGGCUGCUUCCAGUGGCCUCACACCCUCCUCUUCCUCUGAGCCGCCCAAAUUCGCCUAUCUUUCCGGGACCUCUAUGGCCACACCGCAUCUGGCCGGCAUUGCCGCCCUGAUCAUCCAGAAGAAUCCAAACUGGUCGCCCGCCCAAAUCGCAUCCGCAAUCAUGACCACCGCCUACACCACCAACAAGCUCGGCAACCCCAUCCGCCGAACCACCAGCUCCGGAAAGAAGAGCUCUGGGAAAACUGUCGAAGCUACCCCGUGGGAUAUGGGGUGUUGGGGGAAUCCGGCCGGUGAAAGCGUUCAAUCUCAACCGUCCGUCGAUCUCCAUCUCGCGGCUCUCGAGUACGGUGGUGGUAAGGCGUGUGGUGAAGAAUGUAGACGUGGUGGCAGAGACCUACAGGGCGAUAAUAAGGGGGCCUAG